AUGUGGCUGUCGGUUAUCUUUAUUGCCUGUCUGGCCGGCGCGAGUGGAUCAGUGGGUGGAGUGGGUGAGGGUAAGAUCCCAGCGGAGCAGGCAUUUGUGCCCCGCUACACUCCGGUGGCCGAGAGCAAGCGACAGGACUUGGAUUUACCAGCGGAGGUGGGACUGGAGCAGCAGCAAAGGCCUCCUGCAGGCGACAAGAAACCCUGGCGACGAGUGGAGUACGGUUACGAUGGGGUUUCUACGGCUGCAUGGGCUGCUCCUUCGCCACCAGCUGCCAUCUUGUCCAUUCUGAAUCCCCUGCUGGCACCGGGACUGCUCCUGCUGGGCGUAAACUUAGGUGCCCUGCUCUACAUGCUGCUGGGACUCCUGGGACUGGCUCCUCAUCGAAGCGGCGGCAGCAGCCGGUUGUCCAAUUCCCCAAUCCUGGCCUGA